AAUUCAUUUUCAUAUUCGAUUUUUUUCAUGGUUGAUUUCAAGACGAAAUUUAAAAUUAAUAUUUUUUUCCCCUGUAAACAACAAACAACAACAACAAUAUGAAUACCAACACCGUGAAUAGCAGCAAUAAUAAUCCGAUUGUGAAUGAUGUUGAAGAUAUUAAAACGGUUACAUAUUUCCAGAAUCAACCAAUACAACAACAAUGGUUUAUGGUCGUCAGUCAUGGCCGUAUACCGAUGUUUAAUGCACCUGAACAACGUUGUCGACGACAAUCUGAAUUGAAAUCCAUUGCUAAAUCGGUACAAAUGGAUAUGGAUCGUCGUAAAUUGAUGAUGAAAAUCACUAAUAAUGAUAAUGAUGAGCAACAUUCAUUGGAAUUAAAAUUCUAUUCACCACAAGAUUAUCGUUUCGAGUAUUCAAUCGAUUGUCGUCGUAUGGAUAUAUUUCGUCGUUCGAAAAAAGAUCGAACAUAUUUUUAUUUUACAUUAGAAUGUCCUGAUACAUCAACUCCGAUUUCCGUGGUUAAUUUGUCCAAUCAACAACAACAAAAAUUGAAACAACAACAAGAUCGACAAUUUCAAUAUGAAUGUCAUAUGUAUCAUGCUAUAAGCAUUUCAAAUGCCGAAUUUAUUGCCGAUCUUAUGGAUAAACAAGUUCAAUUGAAUUUGAAAAAUCAGAAAAAUUUCCAACGGUCCACAAUUGUUGAUAAACGAAAAAAAAUGUCCAAAAAAAUGAAUAAAGAUGAUGAUAAUACGAAUAAUGAAAAUAAUGUAAUUAAUUUGGCCAAAAACUUGUCUGUUGUUUUACCUGAAAUUGAAAAUGUUCGUAGCUGUUCAUCGACAAGCAUUGAACAAUCACAUCCAUUAGAUCGAUCAUUGGAUGAAGUUAUGUUGGCCAUGCAUCAUGUACCAUCAUUAUUGGAUCUAGAAUUAUCAUCAAAAACAACUAUUGGAACGAAUAAUAAUAACAAUGUUCAAUUUGAUUUGGCCUAUUCAGACUGUAGCGAACCACAACAAAAGCCAUCAUCUAGUAAUAAUCCAUUCUUAUCGAUUGUAAAUUCAUUACCGAUAGCUACAUCAAAUUGGAAUAAUGUUCUGAACAUUAACGUAAAUGAACCGGUAUCAUCAUUAUCAACAACAACGAAAUCAAUGUCGAUUUUAUCAAAUGGAAAUUCACAAUCAACGAUUAGUCUACCGAAAUUAUUAAUGGUAAAAAAUGAUAUUUCCAAAAAUGAAUUACAAAAAUCUAGUCCAUUAGAUAAUCAUAACAGUAUAUUUGAUGAUGAUUUCGAUACAUUCAUAUCGAAUCGUAUUACGAAUGAAUUAAUGAAAACCAAUCAAAAUCAAUCGGCAACCACUACUACUAAAAAUAAAUAAACGAACGUUCGAAAAAAAAAAUCAAAUCGAUAAUUUGAUAUUUCUGUAAGGAUUAAACUAAAUCUUAUCCAAUCUAAUCUAAUAAUUUUUUAAAUAUCAUUUCAGCUUUGUUGAUGAUGACAAUGAUCAUGUUUUUAUUCAAAUGUUUUUUCUU